AUGGCCACCUCGUUGAUUUCAAAGAGACUACGCACUGCGGAGGACACCGAUGCUGAACCCAGCUGGAUUCGGCGCCAGGUGACCUCUGCCCUCCAGUGUGUCUCUCGACGCGCUUGUGUACACCCGAUCCACACCAUCGGUAUCAUUGCUCUUCUUGCCAGCACCACCUACGUUGGUCUGCUUGAAGGCAGCUUGUUGGACACCACCAGGAACCCAAGGAACAUUGCCGGUCAGGUGGACACCGAUGCUCUUAUCCAAGGAAGUCGAACCCUGCGUUUGGGAGAGUCCACCUCCUGGAAGUGGCAGGCGGAAGAUGCUUGGGCCGACUCGAAAGACAUUGAAAGCCCGUCCAUCCAUCAUCUCGGUUUGACUACCUUUAUCUUCCCUGAUGCCACCUCUUCAACGGCACCCUCCGACAAGGAUGUUCCAAUUCCCGCCAAUGUCUCUGCCUCAACGGUCCCAUAUACUCCUAAUCUCUUCUCACCUUUCUCUCAAGAUUUUGCCCUUGCAUACACUGUGCCUUUUGAUCAGGUUUCUGAUCUCCUGAAGGCAGUCCAGGAAAUCCCCAAGCCAUCGGCCGAGGAGGAAGAGGAGACUGAGUCAAAGAAAUGGAUCAUGCGAGCUGCUCGGGGAGCCUCGACCUCCCGCGCCGCUCUUCUGCUGUGGUUUACAAACACCUGGGGGUCAUUCGUAGACCUGAUCAAGCAUGCGGAAACUAUUGACAUUGUUAUCAUGACCCUUGGGUAUAUUUCGAUGCACCUGAGCUUUGUGUCCUUGUUCUUCUCCAUGAGACGACUUGGCUCCAAUUUCUGGCUGGCUACAACCGUUCUGUUCUCAGGAUCCUUUGCUUUCCUAUUUGGUCUUUUGGUAACCACUAAGCUUGGCGUGCCAAUUAAUCUUCUUCUGCUGUCUGAGGGUCUGCCUUUCCUGGUUGUGACGAUUGGAUUUGAAAAGCCUAUUAUGUUCACACGGGCCGUUUUGAACGCUUCCGUGAACAGCAGGCGCCCCAGCCCUGGAGCUGCCCCUCGUCCAUUGUCUUCUACUACCCCCGGCUCAAUCCAAGAUUCCAUUGCGACUGCCAUUAAGCAGCAGGGCUUUGAGAUUAUUCAGCACUACUGUAUUGAGAUCGGUCUGUUGACUAUUGGUGCCGUUUCCGGUGUACAGGGUGGUCUCCAGCAGUUCUGCUUCCUUGCUGCGUGGAUUCUCUUUUUCGACUGUGUGCUUCUCUUCACCUUCUACACCACUAUCCUCUGCAUUAAGCUUGAAAUUACCCGCAUUCGUCGCCACGUUGCUCUCCGCAAGGCCUUGGAGGAAGAUGGUAUUACUCACAGCGUUGCUGAGAGUGUUGCCUCCAGCAAUGACUGGCCCAACGCAGGAUCGGAGAGCGUUGAUGGUGACACAAGCAUCUUUGGACGUAAAAUCAAGUCCAGCAAUGUGCGUCAUUUUAAGAUCUUCAUGGUUGGUGGUUUGAUUCUGAUCAAUGUGGUGAAUUUGUCCGCUAUUCCAUUCCGCAACACUGGUAACGGCGCUUGGAUCUCCCGUUUGUCCAACUUUAUGGCUCCGACUCCCAUUGACCCAUUCAAGGUCGCUGAGAACGGUCUGGAUGCUGUCUACGUGACUGCCAAGAGUCAGUUGCAGGAGACCUUGGUGACCAUCCUUCCCCCCAUCAAGUAUACCUUGGACUACCCGUCCGUCCAUUACGCCGCUACCCAGGUCCCUGGCUCAAUCGACAUUGAAUAUACGGAUCAGAUCUUGGACGCAGUAGGUGGAAAGGUUCUUGAGAGCCUACUCAAAAGCGUCGAGGACCCCUUCAUCAGCAAGUGGAUCAUCGCUGCUCUGACAUUCAGUAUCAUCCUCAACGGUUAUCUCUUCAAUGCCGCACGUUGGAGCAUCAAGGAGCCUGAGAUUAUUCCCGAAGCCCCUGAGGAGCCUAUCGCACCCAAGGUUUAUCCCAAGUUUGAGCCCAACGAACAGGAGUCUACCCGCACCCCUGCUGAGUGUGAGCUGAUGCUCAAAGAAAAGCGUGCUCCUUACCUGACUGACGAGGAAUUGAUCGAUCUUUCACUUCGUGGCAAGCUUCCUGGGUACGCUUUGGAGAAGACCAUGGAAGACGAGGAAUUGAUGAGCCGCGUUGAUGCUUUCACCCGGGCCGUCAAGAUCCGCCGUGCCGUCGUCGCUCGUACCCCUGCCACCUCUGCUAUCACAUCAACCCUUGAGAAGUCUAAGCUGCCCUAUGAGCACUAUAAUUACGGUCUUGUUCACGGUGCUUGCUGCGAAAACGUCAUUGGAUAUCUGCCUCUCCCUCUUGGUGUUGCCGGUCCAUUAAAGAUCGACGGCCAGAGCUACUUCAUCCCUAUGGCUACCACUGAAGGUGUGCUUGUCGCCAGUACCAGCCGUGGCUCCAAGGCCAUCAAUGCUGGUGGCGGCGCUGUGACUGUCUUGACCGGUGACGGUAUGACUCGUGGUCCUUGCGUUACCUUCCCUACUCUGGCUCGGGCCGCAGCUGCGAAGGUGUGGAUUGAUUCUGAGGAGGGUCACAACAUCAUUAAGACUGCCUUCAACUCGACCAGCCGUUUUGCUCGUCUGCAGAGCCUGAAGACUGCGCUCGCUGGUACCUACCUGUACAUCCGGUUCAAGACCACUACCGGUGACGCUAUGGGGAUGAACAUGAUUUCGAAGGGUUGUGAGAAAGCCCUGGAUGUCAUGUCUAAGGAAUGUGGCUUCGACGACAUGGCAAUCAUUUCUCUUUCUGGUAACUUCUGCACGGACAAGAAAUCUGCUGCUAUCAACUGGACCGAUGGGCGUGGCAAGUCCGUUGUGGCUGAGGCCAUCAUCCCUGGCGAUGUUGUGAAGAGUGUUUUGAAGAGUGAUGUCGACGCCCUUGUUGAGUUGAACGUCAGCAAAAACUUGAUCGGAAGUGCCAUGGCAGGCUCCCUGGGUGGUUUCAACGCCCACGCUUCCAACAUUGUCUCUGCUAUCUUCCUGGCCACCGGUCAAGAUCCCGCCCAGAAUGUCGAGAGCAGUAGUUGUAUCACAACCAUGAAGAACUCCAACGGCAACCUCCAGAUCUCCGUUUCCAUGCCCUCCAUUGAGGUGGGUACCAUUGGUGGCGGUACUAUUCUUGAGGCCCAGUCGGCGAUGCUAGAUCUGCUCGGUGUUCGCGGUGCUCACCCCACCAACCCUGGAGACAACGCUCGCCAGCUCUCUCGCAUUAUUGCUGCCUCUGUGCUUGCCGGUGAACUCAGUCUUUGCGCUGCCCUUGCCGCUGGCCAUUUGGUAAAGGCCCACAUGGCUCACAACCGUAGUGCUGUCCCUACUCGGUCCUCGACUCCGGUUUCCGCUGCUGUUGGUGCUGCCCGUGGCCUUUCCAUGACUUCCAAGUAA